AUGCCCCGGAACACCCAGGCAGACAAGGAGAGGACAGAGCCCAGGGAGGACAAAUCCCCACGGCAGAACCUGGUGGAAGAGGCCGUUUUGAGCGGCUCCACGGCGCAGGAAUCCAAUGGGGAGGAAAAGCCCCGGCGAUCCCUUAGGAGGAGGGGCUGCAAACGCAGCCCAGGGAGCUGUGAGGAGGAAAGACCCACCCUGUGCCAGGAAGGCGGCCAGACAUCCAGCCAGAGAUCAGACCUGGUGGUCCAUGAGCAGCUUCAAACUGAGGAGAAGCCCCAUAAGUGUGAGGAAUGUGGGAAGAGCUUCAGCCGGAGCUCCCACCUGAUCCUCCACCAGAGGAUCCACACUGGGGAACGUCCCUAUGAGUGUGGGGAAUGUGGGAAGAGCUUCAGCACGAGCUCCAGCCUGAUCCGCCACCAGAUGAUCCACACCGGGGAACGGCCCUACGAGUGUGGGGAAUGUGGGAAAAGCUUCAGCCACAGCUCCAGCCUGAUCAUCCACCAGAGGAGCCACACUGGGGAGAGGCCCUAUGAGUGCCUAGAGUGUGGGAAGAGCUUCAGGCACAGAUACAGCCUGACUCUCCACCAGAGGUUCCACACUGGGGAGAGGCUCUAUGAGUGUGGGGAAUGUGGGCAGAGCUUCAGACAGAGCUCUGAGCUGAUCAUCCACCAGAGGAGCCACACCGGGGAGAGGCCCUACGAGUGUCCUGAGUGUGGGAAGAGGUUUCAUACCAGCUCCCAUCUCCUCCUGCACCAGCGGACGCACACAGAUGAGAGGCCCUUCCGCUGCCCUGACUGCAGCAAGGGCUUCAAACGCAACUCCCACCUCAUCAGGCACCGGCGCAUCCACACCGGGGAACGGCCCUAUGAGUGUCCUGCGUGUGGGAAGGGCUUCAGAGACAGCUCUGACCUUAUCUACCACCAGAAGAUCCACACUGGGCAGAGGCCUUAUGAGUGUCCCGAAUGUGGGAAGAGGUUUCAGAUGAGCUCCGAGCUCCUCAAGCACCACUGGGACCAUACUGGGGAGAAGCCCCAUAAGUGUGAGGAAUGUGGGAAGAGCUUCAGCCGGAGCUCCCACCUGAUCCUCCACCAGAGGAUCCACACUGGGGAACGUCCCUAUGAGUGUGGGGAAUGUGGGAAGAGCUUCAGCACGAGCUCCAGCCUGAUCCGCCACCAGAUGAUCCACACCGGGGAACGGCCCUACGAGUGUGGGGAAUGUGGGAAAAGCUUCAGCCACAGCUCCAGCCUGAUCAUCCACCAGAGGAGCCACACUGGGGAGAGGCCCUAUGAGUGCCUAGAGUGUGGGAAGAGCUUCAGGCACAGAUACAGCCUGACUCUCCACCAGAAGUUCCACACUGGGGAGAGGCUCUAUGAGUGUGGGGAAUGUGGGCAGAGCUUCAGACAGAGCUCUGAGCUGAUCAUCCACCAGAGGAGCCACACCGGGGAGAGGCCCUACGAGUGUCCUGAGUGUGGGAAGAGCAAGGGCUUCAAACGCAACUCCCACCUCAUCAGGCACCGGCGCAUCCACACCGGGGAACGGCCCUAUGAGUGUCCUGCGUGUGGGAAGGGCUUCAGAGACAGCUCUGACCUUAUCUACCACCAGAAGAUCCACACUGGGCAGAGGCCUUAUGAGUGUCCCGAAUGUGGGAAGAGGUUUCAGAUGAGCUCCGAGCUCCUCAAGCACCAGCGGAUUCACACAGAGGAGCGACUGUUCCACUGCCCCGACUGUGGGCAGGGAUUCAACACCAACGCCCACCUCAUCAGGCACCAGCGCAUCCAUACCGGGGAGAGGCCCUAUGAGUGUCCUGAGUGUGGGAAGAGCUUCACCGAGAGAUACAAACUUAUCUACCACCAGAAGAUCCACACCGGGGAGGGGCCCUACAAGUGUCCUGAGUGUGGGAAGAGCUUCAUCCAGAGCUCUCACUUGAACAGACACCAAUGGAGCCACCGGUAAGUAAAGCCCUGCAAGUGCCCCGAGUGUGGGAAGAGCUUCGUCCGCUGGUCCAACUUCAUCCCCCACUGAAGGACUCACAUUCCCUGUAUCCAUGUUGGGAAGACACCUGGCUGGUUGUCUCCAUAUCCUUCUGAAUCUCCACAGUCACCAGGGAGGAUGAUAUUUUGGAGGUUCUGAGGGGAGAUGGUGUUGGAGAAGAUGAAAGUUUGGUAAGAAAGUUUCACAGAUAUGUAGGCUUGGCAGAAAGAUCUCUGAAUGUAGAAACUGGGGAUG